GUGAAAACCUGUGUGGCUCGUGACAUCAUGUUAUCGAGCAGUCGAAUGUAUAUGAAUCUCGCUUUUUUCGCCUUGUCCGGCGACUGUAAUUUAGGAAAGGUACAUAGUAUCAGUAUGUCAUUUUUUAGUCUCUCAGUCUUCCAUAUUGUGAAGAAAUAUUGAUUCUGCUUUGCAACCAGUAUCAGCAUCAGGCAUUCUUACGUACAAAAAAAUCGAAGUUGUGCAUGGCCAGGACAAGACUGAGUUCAUGUGACAUAGACAUUGACUCCCAAUACAGGAGCUUAUAAUAUAUGGUUGCACCGGAAGAAUCGGAAAAAUCCGCUACCUACGUCCUAGUGAAGGCAUUUCUUGUGCAUCUCCUUGUAUAUACUUACCUGAAAAAUCAACAUCUUUCCGAACAAAAUAUAAAUAUAAAUCAUCUUCAUCCUCGCCAUGUUCAACAAGGGGUUGCGGACACUCGGGCUCCGGUCGACAAAAAAGCGCGUAUCACCGUUAGAGGAUCCUGACUGGAAUACCCGCGACGCAAAAAAGAGGCGGGCGAGUGCAUUGGAAAAGGCAGUCCUAGAAGAAUGUACUUGCAUCAGGCUACUAGAAUGAAUUUUUGCUUUCUUGAAUCAUGAAUCUUAGACGACUCAAUUGAAGUAGUAAAAAAGAUCAAAGUUCUUCUACUUCUUACGCGGAGAGGACGACAUCUCCCUUUCGCCAGUCGACUACGUUGUACUGCCUUAGACACUAGAUGUAGUAAUAGUACAUGCCCAGAAAGCGGGCCCAUCAAGGGCCCGCUGCGCCGGGCAUAGGUUAACAACUAGACAGAUUGACUACUAAGAGACAGAAAGACAAACGAAAAAAGUCGCCAAGUCUGCUCGCCAAGGCUGGGAAGCUGGCUCCCACUGUGUCAAAGAAGGGAAGGCUGGGGAGGUGACGUCGCACCCUCAACGGCUUCGACUUUCACGCACAGAGAUGCAUACCUGUGGCCUUCUCAUGGAUAUGAUGAUGCUCACCAGGGUCCACCCUUCAGACAUGCAAGCCCUCACGGCUAUCAUUCUCACACGCAUCGACAUCCCCAAAGGCUUCGCCUUUCACGCGCAGAGAUGUAGACCUUUGCCCUUCUCGUGGAUAUGAUGACGCUCCCCAGAGUCCACCCUUCAGCCAUGCAAGUCCUCCCGGCUAUCAUUCUCACAGACAUCGACAUCCUCAACGGCUUCGACUUUCACACACAGAGACGCAUAUCUGUGGCCUUCUCAUGGAUAUGAUGACGCUUACCAGGGUCCACCCUUCAGACAUGCAAGGCCUCGCGGCUAUUAUUGUCACAGACAUCGACAUCCUCAGCGGGUUCGACUUUCACACACAGGGACGUAUAUCUUCGGCCUUCUCAUGGAUAUGAUGACGUUCGCAAGGGUCCACCUUUCAGACAUGCAAGUUUUCACGGCUAUCAUUCUCACACGCAUCGACAUCCCCAAAGGCUUCGCCUUUCACGCACAGAGAUGCGUAUCUUUGCCCUUCUCGUGGAUAUGAUGAUGCUCACCAGGGUCCACCCUUCAGACAUGCAAGGCCUCACGGCUAUCAUUCUCACAGACAUCGACAUCCUCAACGGCUUCAACUUUCACGCGCAGCGAUGUAUAUCUUUGGCCUUCUCGUGGGUAUGAUGAUGCUCACCAGGGUCCACCCUUCAGACAUGCAAGCCCCCACGGCUAUCAUUCUCACAGACAUCGACAUCCUCAACGGCUUCGACUUUCACGCGCAGAGAUGUAAAUCUUUGGCCUUCUCAUGGAUAUGAUGAUGGUCGCAAGGGUCCACCCUUCAGACAUGCAAGGCCUCAUGGCUAUCAUUCUCACACACAUCGACAUCGUCAACGGCUUCGACUUUCACGCGCAGAUAUGUAUAUCUGUGGCCUUCUCAUUAGUAUGAUGAUGCUCACCAGGGUCCACCCUUCAGCGAUGCAAGUGCUUCCGGCUAUCAUUCUCACAAGAAUCGACAUCCUCCACGGCUUCGAUUUUCAAGCACAGAACUGUAUGUCUUUGGCUUUCUCGUGGGUCAAUGUGAUGACGCUCGCCAGCCUCUGCCCUUUCAAGUGCUCACCCUCUCCCUUGCAAUUCUCCUACUUUUGUGCUGAUAAAAAUGCACGCACGGGCUAACCAUCUCCAAGGGCUGCCGCGCGCUCUUGUGGUCGGUUGUUGUGUGCGGAAGGUAGUCGCGGAAGGGGAGCGAGCUAACUUUUUCCCAAAAACUUCAGGGGGGUCGUUUUGUUUUCUCUGUAUUUGAAUGGCCUCCCUGAAGUUUUUGAAAAAAAUAAAGGCGCUGGGCGAUAUUUAACAAGGGGAGCGGUUGGAAGUUCUUUGGGGCGAUUCGCUAGGGCGGGGUGGGCGCGUAGUGUCCUGCUGCAGAUUGGUGUGGCUGGUGUACGUGAGUAGCCUACAAACUAGCAGCCGCGAACACGUUAACACGUUCGCGGUGCCUUUGAACUCGUAGCACUAGCAACGCAAGUGCUUUAGGGAGCCUUUUGAGCCCUUCGGAAUCCCUUAAGGAGGGCGCUAAUAUUAGCCAAGGGCUAUAACAACUUUCCCUUAAGGGCCCUCCUUAAGGGAAAAUUUUCCUCGUAAGGAAAGUUAUAAUAACUUUUUGUAAUAGAAAUUCCUUAAGGAAAACCGUUUUCCUUAAGGAAGCCACUUAAAGGAGUCCCUUAAGGAUUUCACAAACCAGCGCUAACCCUAUAAAUACUAAUCUCUUCUGGAAGCGCCAUACAUUAGUCAGUCACAUUUGCCCCAUGAAUGGGUACACUACUACUGCCCCCACGAAUACUGCAUGAUUACAGUGCCAUUUUAUACGAAAACACUUUCAGUUGUUGAGCCCAGCGAGAACCUCAUGCGCGCGUGGCAUAAGGGAGAUGAACUUCCUGUCGAAGAAAUGUUGGCAUCGGCUUUGCGUCUCCGUGAGGGCGGUGUAAACAAUAAAAUGUGCAAAUGGCUAUUAGAAGAAGUGUUCGGCCGACACGACUACGGGAUCGAGAGAAUUAAGGCCUUCCCUUUUUGUCUUCAAUCUCCUUGAUUAUAGGCUGGCAUUGAUCUCUGAGGGCUUUUUCGAGGGGAAAGAUACUCCAACAGAGAUCGAAGACGAAUUUAGGUAAGCUCUAAAUUGAGUAUAGGCGAGAUUGAUGUGGUCAGGCAAGAAUGCAUCUCUAUGGUGAAUUGGCUAAAGUGGUGGUGUGAGAAUGGGAAGAGUGGGCGACAAAACGUGAUGGAGCGCGAUGCGGUUGCCUUUACUAACAAUUUGCAUGAUGAGAUACUUCGCGUUGUACAAAUACAAGAUAUGCCUAAAGAUUCAGCGGAGAGGGAAGACACGUUUGAAAUUAGAAUUGAGUUUCAGGUCGAGGUCGACGACGCGGACCGUUUCGAUGAAAUCCCACAGACCGCCUAGUAUUCCCUGUUUUUUUUUGUCGAUAAACAUAUUGACUUCAUUAUUUUUGCUUCUGAAGGUAACGAAGAUGAAACUUUCAUCAGCUAUAUCAUGUUGGUCUAGAUAAGUGACGAAAAGACAAAACUAGAAAUGUUUUUAAUUUUAUUGACCUUACUUUGUUUUUGAGUAUCAUGUUAUGAAUGUAUAAACGAGUGAGGUGAUGUGGGGAUCAUGAUGUGGGGACUCACAGCAAGAAUGAUAAUCCAUCUCCAUGUUUCAUUGGAAACAAAGUCGAAAUUUCACCAAACUGAUCAUCAGCGACGGAGCUGCAUUCGCCAGUGCUACCGUCGAGACCCAUGCCUUGGCAACCAAUACCAUGUCCCGACCGGCUCUUUCCACCACGCACUAUGAUGCAAUUUUCGUGAUGCAGGGUAUGACUUUAGCGUUAAUCCUGGGCUUAGCUUUAGGCUGGUGGCUGCGCCGCCGCUGCUGCAGGCCUCGUAAGGCUCCGAAUGAUUCAUCUGCGAAUUUGCCGAACUAUAGGGCUACGGGUACUGCAGAUGACGAUAUUGCGGACGAAGAUGGUGAAUACGAUGAAGAGAAAGUCGAGGUAUGAUAUUAUUACUCUACUUGUUGGAUUUGAAUUUCUCUAUGCCGAUCGUGUUGAUAAAGAUGCUUUUUAAGAAUGUGUCUAAGUGAAUAGUUGUGGACUACAAACAUCAGUCCAACUUAUUUACUUAGCUAAUAUUGACCUCAACAUACAAUGAAAAUGAAAAACAAGUGUACCUCCUCGUCAUCAGAUCCAGACUGCUCGGAUAGACAUACCCGUUUCGAGAGAGGAUCUUUUAGCUCAGAAUCAUUCUGCAAAUUUUUCGGCAAAUGGGAGUGCUGCGGACAAAGAUGGUGUAGAAGCUGGGGAGAUCGAUGCGAAGGAGGUAUCAUAUGAUUACUUUACCUGAUGACUUUGUCUAUCAUGACGAGGAUCGCGUUGAUGAAAAUUUGUUCAGAACCAGAUGAAAAAAAACUCUACAUGAAGAUCAAUCUAACUAGCAACUUACCUAGACAUACAGAUACAUUGAAAAUGUGAGACCACAAAUGAAUGUCCCCACCACCACCAGAUCCAGACUCGUUGUAUAGACGUGCCCUUGUCCUCGAGGAAUAUGAACCUUUCAAGAACUACGGACUUUCCAGCGGCUUCGAUGUCGAAAGAUAGGGAUCAUACAGAUACAGCGAUGGACGAUGAUGUGGAAGGUAGUGGCUUUGAUGAGGAGGAGGUAUGAUGUAGCUCAUCUGCCUGUUGAUUUUGUCUAUUACGAGGAUAGUGAUAAAGAUUUUUUUAAGAAAAAAAAAUCAAAUAAUAGUGAAAAUCAAAAUGAAAAUUAUAUAUAGUUACUCACUAGAAAAAGAAGAAGAAUAAGAACUACAACGAACAACUUAUCUACACAUCAUACUAGGACGAUGAAAAUGAAAAAUAGAAAAAUGUACCCCACCAUCACAUCCAACAUAGCGGUAUACUCUCGUCGAGAAAGAAUCUUGUUGUAGUUGUGAUUCUGCAGUAGAAGCGGUUGAUAUAUUUUUCACCACAUCCGAUCAUCAGAGUUAUCCAUAUCCUAGAUGAGUACCUAAAUGACGCCAUUGCAGAACUACUUACAUCAUUGUCAAACUCCUGUUGUUUUCCCAUUCAAUUUAUUCUAGAAUCCCGACACGUAGCACGGAUAGUACGAACUUGAUGUGCAUACAGUUUUGUCUCUCUUCUUCCCCACCGAAUCUGACCAAGCACGUUUUUACGUAAGAAUCAAAAAGGAUCUAACCACGACCGUAUUAUCACUGACCAUUCUAUCUUGUCAUGAACAAUUUAUCCGAAUAUAUUCCCAAACGCAAACAAGAACAACGAAUAUUUCCUUCUCUUAUACAUAGAUUCGCUAUGAGUUACACGACCACAUUGCUGAUGCUCGUUCCUACUUCUCAACACCAAGAAUGUCAUACACCUCUCUCUUCAUUCAUCACAGCCACUGAACAGACAGAUUUGCACAGAAUGAAAACAACGUAAGUUAGACACGAUUACAAACGUAAAUACGCUCCUCAAGAAGAGCAUAUACAAAAUGCAUGACAAUGACCCACAAGAUCACCCCCCAUUGACCUCAUUCGUGUAUCCUUCAGAUUUUAUCGUUGUUUUAUCCUUUGAACCUGAACAAUCCACUGGAAAGCCGGUUCUUAGACAGAUAAUUUGCAUUUGGGGAACCAACUGUACCUGAUUUGCCCGAGGUUUCUCCUCAUCCAGAGGUUUCUCCUCAU